CUGAAACAAACAUACCGAAAAAAGCGUAGUUUUGUACUCCGGUGACUUUUAUACCGGAAAUAUCUCCCUCUCCUUCAUUUAUUAUUCACAUCUCUCUCUUUGAUCACCAUUAACAGAACGUGCUCUGAAACUUAACGAACUCGAUCGUUAAAGGGUUUUGUCACUUGGAUCUUGAUUAUUCCGAUGAUGACCGGAGAUCUGAAACUUCAUGAACCUUACGUAGGUAUGAAAUUCGAGUCAGAAGAAGAAGCUAAAGAGUUCUAUGUAGAAUACUCCAAAAUAUUAGGGUUCGUUGUACGUAUGAUGCAGAGACGACGAUCAGGGAUCGAUGGAAGAUCACUUGCGAGAAGAUUAGGUUGUAACAAACAAGGCUUUUCUCGUACUGAUCCACGAUCUAGUUGUUCUAGUUCACGUGAAGGUUGCAAAGCUACGAUUUUGGUGAAGAUGGAGAAAUCUGGGAAAUGGGUUGUUACUAGAUUCGUCAAAGAACACAAUCACUCACUUCUAUUCAUUGGGUCUUCUUCUAAUUCCUUUGCUGAUAAGGAUAGGAAGAUUAAAGAGCUUGCAGAGGAGAUCGAGUGUCAGGACCGAUUAUGCGAUGCGUAUCGGGAUCGAUUGGUGAGUUUUAUCGAUAAUUUUGAACAUUAUACGGGAGAAUUGUCACUUAAAGUGAGGGAUAUUGUAGAGAAUAUUAAGAAACUUGAAUGUCAAAUACAAACAAGAGCUUGAUUCAUCUAUGCAUUUGUCCAAAAAACCGAAGAUUGAUCAUCGCAUGCAUUUUUGCUUUCUGAUCA